CCCCGCUGCUUCGGUAGAGAACUGCGAAGCCAGCGACACCCUACUCUGAAGCCAUGAACAGCGGUGUGUGCCUGUGCGUGUUGGUGGCGGCACUGGCGGCGGGCGCCCUGGCGCAGCCGGUGCCUCCCGCAGACCCCGAAGGCCCUGCGGCGCAGCGGAACGAGGAAGCGCCCCGGAGACAGCUGAGGGCAGUGCAGAGGGUGGAAGGCGAGCCCCGAGCGCACCUGGGCGCGCUGCUGGCCAGAUACAUCCAGCAGGCCCGGAAAGCUCCUUCGGGCCGCAUGUCCAUGAUCAAGAACCUGCAGAGCCGGGACCCCAGCCACAGGAUAAGCGACCGGGACUACAUGGGCUGGAUGGACUUUGGCCGGCGCAGCGCCGAGGAGUACGAGUACCCCUCCUAGGCCCUGGUCGGGCCGCGCCGAGCGCCCCCUGCCGCCCAGGAGGCG